ACUAUCCAAGGGAUUGUUUUGAGAUUUUUCAGCGCUCCAAAGGAAAUUCCAGAGAUGGUCUUUACAUCAUCCAACCAAAGGAAGACCCAAUUGUUGUCUCUUGUAACAUGCAGGAUGGUGGCUGGACAGUAAUCCAGCACAUUACAGCCAAUAGCACUGUUGACUUUGAUAGGACCUGGCAGGAUUACAAAUAUGGAUUUGGCUCCGUUCAUGACAACCACUGGUUAGGAAAUGAAUAUAUGUAUCAGUUAACUAACAGCCCUAUGCAAUAUAUACUUGGAGUUAAGCUUGUAAACCUAAAUGCUGAAAUCAAAUGGGGACAGUAUGAACCAUUCCUUAUUGAAGAUGAAGAGUCUCAAUACCGAAUCAGGGUUGGUCUAUACAAAGGCAACGCCACUGAUGCUCUGACCCUGGAUACAGAAGCUUAUCUCCAUGAUAACCAGAAGUUCACCACUAAGGACAGAGACAAUGACAAUUACUUUCAGAAUUGUGCUAAACUGGAACAUAAUGGUGUUCCCGGGGGCGGCUGGUGGUACGACGCAUGUGCUGGAGCCAAUCUAAACCGUAGGAACGUGAUAUACUGGCAAAAGGACUGCAACAAGCAACACGUGUGCAAGUUCGCAUGGAUGAUGAUUAAACCCGUUGACUACAGCCUGUCAUAUCCAACCAAGUCCUGUCCAUGUCAGAAAGUUGAACUGUAG